AGAACAGAAGGGAGGAGGGUCUGUGUGCUCAACAUCUGCCCGAUUUCUGAGCACCCUGCCAGACAGAAGGAUUUGCUGUGUGCCUGCAGCUCCGAGCAGCACCAGUCCUGCCUUGCAAGACCUUUGGAACAGGGGCCCGUCUCCAGGGUGCCCCUAGGAGAGCCGAGCCGAGUCGCCCCCUUCUGCCUGCCCCUCUACCAUCACAUCGCUGCUCUCUGAAUCCCUCUUUUCUUCCUCUCCCCCUUCCCCCCACUGUCCUCAGCUUCUUUUACCGCACUCCUCAUUCCUUCAUCCUCCCCUCUUCUGCGCUCCCCUCAUCCCUCUGCCCAUCUCCUUGCGCCUCCCUCUCCCGCUUUUAUUCUCCAUCCCGGUAUCUCCCCCCGCUCAUCUUUGUUCUCCUGCCCUGCCGUCCAUCCCCUGCUUCUCCUCCUUCUCCUGCCGGUGUUUCCGUGCGUGGCACCCAUUGGCUCCCUCUGCCCGAGCCCGCGGAUGGCGGGGGCUGCGCGGGGCACGGACGCGGGGCCGCGGGGCUGAGGGGCCGCCACCCGCAUCCCCUCCCGCGCCGGGCACGGCGGAGGCGAUGGGCAAGCCCGGCCAGAGGGACUCGAGCCUCCGGCAGCGCCCGGCGGGGCUCGCUCCCCACGGGAGCGCUUUGCUUGGUCGCGCUUGAGAAAGGGGAAGGGGAAAAGCAUGACACGGAUUCUCCGGGGGAAGCGGAGGAAAAUGUGCAUCCCGACGACAUGUAAGUACCCGGCGGUUCUGGGCGCUCUUCCCGGAUGUCUCCCGCGGGCAUGAGUCCACGCAGAAGUUAAGUCUGCAGUUCCAGACAAGGAAAUCUGCCGACCACCCCUCGCUCUCGACCCUCCAACUCUGCCAAUCCAGCCUGGUCCUUACGAGAGAGCUCAGCCCCGAGCUCCUCUCCAGUGUCAGCAGCGAGCUGGUGGUGGAUAGAGAUCUUGUUUGCUCAAGGCUGCCUCUGAGUGAGCCGAGUGCUGUUUCCAUGCCAAACCCUCGCGUGACACACACUGGGCUCUUCAGCUUAGAGAGGCUGGGACGCUGCUUUGGUGCUGCAAACAGCUCCAGAUUGCUAACUGAUCCUGCAAGGACACUGCCCCUGCCCUCUUCCUUGUCUCUGCUAUGGACACUUCUGCUUUUAGCCUCCCCACGCCAGCAGUGUUGGAGGAGGGGAAUGCCUCCAGUAGCUGGGCAGGCUUCACUAUCCCCAACAGCUCCUCCACUGUCAGCCCUGGUGUAGUUGUCAGCGGUGUCCUCAUCCCCGUGGUCUACCUCAUUGUCUGUGUGGUGGGGCUGGCUGGGAAUUCCCUGGUCAUUUAUGUGGUCCUACGGCACUCCGUGAGCGAGUCGGUGACCAACGUGUACAUCUUGAACCUGGCCCUGGCUGAUGAGCUCUUCAUGCUGGGCCUGCCCUUCCUGGCUGCACAAAAUGCCCUGUCCUACUGGCCAUUUGGCUCUUUCAUGUGCCGCCUGGUGAUGGCCGUGGAUGCCAUCAACCAGUUCACCAGCAUCUUCUGCCUGACAGUGAUGAGCGUUGACCGCUACCUGGCUGUGGUCCACCCUGGCAAGUCCUCCAAAUGGAGGACAGCACGGGUGGCCAAGGCCGUGAGCGUAACCGUGUGGGUGCUGUCUUCCAUAGUGGUGCUGCCCGUGGUUGUCUUCUCAGAUGUCCCUUUAGGGAUGAGUACAUGCCACAUCCAGUGGCCAGAGCCUGCCUCGGUGUGGAGAGCUGGCUUCAUCGUCUACACUGCCACCCUGGGCUUCUUUGGACCACUGCUGGUGAUUUGUCUCUGCUAUCUCCUGAUUGUAGUGAAGGUUCGCUCCUCCGGCAGGCGGGUGAGGGCUCUGUCCUCCAAGCACAAGCUUUCAGAGCGCAGAGUGACCCGCAUGGUGGUGACUGUGGUGGCCGUCUUCGUCCUUUGCUGGCUUCCCUUCUACGUCCUCAACAUAAUCAAUGUUGUGUGCCCGCUGCCGGAGGAGCCAUCCCUCUUUGGAGUCUACUUCCUUGUGGUGGUGCUGCCAUAUGCCAACAGCUGCGCCAACCCCAUCAUCUAUGGCUUCCUCUCCUACCGUUUCCAGCAGGGCUUCCGCAGGGCCAUCUUCAGGCCAUCCCGCCGAGUCCAGAGCCAGGAGGUGCCAGCAUGCCCCUCAGAGAAGAUCGAUGACGAAAGGGAAGAGGGUGAGAUCAGCAAGAUCACCAGGAAUGGAAAUGACAGGCAGGAGUGCCCUCUAAGCAGUGGGGAAGGAAAAAGCAAUGAGCAAAAACCACUCCCCGAGGAGCCUGCGGGAUUCGAAAAGAGCAGCAAGUUGCAUGUCAGCUAUUUAUGAUGAAAGGGGUGGUAAGAUACAUCGGGACAUGGGAUCCCCUUCACCUUCGCUACUUCCAAAGGCAAUGGGAGAUGAUACAAGGGAAUAAUAAAGUCCAAGAGUAGCCUUAAAGAUGAAUAGGGCCCCAUGAUCUUGUGGAAGAAGCAAGGCAUUGUUCUUGGCUUGGAAGAGACACCUGAAGUGUGUGUGGUACCAGUGUUACCAGAAAUUGGUAAAAAAUAAAACCUCCCUAACACUAAUGUAGCAUUCAGAAGCAGGUAUUCUUUAUUUGGCUGGAUGCACGAGGAGAUAUCUCCUUCAAAAUAUCAUGCAUGCUGAGUACAAAAAAGCUCCCAUUUAUGUACUACAUUUUACAUACAUGCUCAUUAAUUUUCCCAGUAUAAACAUACAUAUGAUAUUAAUUUCCCCAAAACCAUCAAUGUAUUUUCCCUCUCCUUUACACAUGUAUUCUUCUGUCCUGGGAGUCUUUUGGUGGUCCCCUAUGGCUGGUGACCCCAAAGUCAUACCUGACUGCCUGGUGAACUGGUAAAAGUUGGCACAACUGGGCUGGUUGCUUUUGAGUUCUUCUUCCUACAGAAUAAACAUUGUACAGCUCCAUAGGCCAUGGCUUUUGAAGAAUAAGCAUCGUAUUUGCCACCAGGAGAAAAUGAUUUUUCAUCUGGCAACACCAGGUAAAGAGCAGACUGCAUUUAGGGAGAGCUGAAGAGGUGAUGGGCACUGGGAGUACAGAGAAACAAGGUCAGCCCUAGAGUGAUGAUCUGCCCUUAGGUGAUCCAGCUUUGGAGGGCAUAGGCUGCCAUCUCAUGGUGGCACCUUGAGGAAGUCCCCAGAUGGUAUAUACCACAUGUAGGCAACCCAGUGCCUUGACUUAUAAACAUGAGAAAUGGUCUGCCUUAAAAGAUGAACAGGAAAGAGAAAUGUCUGCAGCAAAGAUAUACUAGCCAGUUGCAUGCAUGGCUGGCCCUCUCUAGUUCUUCAAAAAGUAUUGGGAACAGAUUUCCUGCCUGUGGUGGUCUGGCUGGAGACCACUGACUGCUCAAAACUUCCUCUUUCUUUUCAGAGCUCUUAUGGACUCUGGGCAGGAUGACGAGACUUACCUGGGAGAAAAAGUUUGAUAAUUUCUUUCCUACACUCCACAUUCCUCAGGGCUCUCCUGGUGCCUCUGCACUCUGGUGGGAGGUGUAACAAGGGUAGAGAAGAAGACAAUGAGACAUGAGUUAGAGGCAGCAUUUCUUUCCUUCUCCUUAAGCUUUACUAUAAAUAAAGAAAAAGCCUUUGGACUUGGAAGGCCAGAUAGGCAAAACUGUUCUAUGUGUUUAGGGAAGGGAGCGCUAUAGAUUUGGCUCUCCUGAGAAUAAAAAAUGUCUUUGAGCUGA